AUGCGUUUUUCUGGUAUCCAGCGCAUAAGCAGUUGGGACACAGUCACGUUUCUGGCUGGCAUCAUCUCUUCAGUCGCUGCUGCUCAACUCCAGUAUUGCCGUGUUGACGACUCUCUGCGAACCGAUCAAUGUCUCGCGAUAUCGACGUUCCAUAAUUCAACCACCAAUGCUAAUGACUUUUACCUCCUUGUGUCCGCCAAAUUCGAAGACCGAAAAGGCUAUGCUGCAUUUGGCACUGGCUCGACAAUGGAUGGGUCGUUGAUGUUCGUAUUGUACCCAGGAGCACAGGAUAAAGAUGUCACUUUGAGCAUCCGAACGACGAACUACCACUACCCGCCUCAACCACCACCAGAGAAGACGCCAGACCACCAAACCAUCAAAACGUGGGUGGAAGGAGUUUACUACAAUGCCCAGAUCGUUUGUUAUGGCUGCGAUACAUGGCAUCGUAAUAGUGCCAAUGUAACGUCGAAGAAACAGAAAUGGAUAUUCGCAAACCACUACGAAUAUGUCAUGCAAACAAAUGAUAUCAAAAAGCCGAUGAGUCUUCAUACCGAUUAUGACGUAUUUGAGCUGGACAUGACAAUGGGUCAUAACGUUGACGGAAGCCCUGUUGCACCCGAACUGGUCGACAACGGCAGAAAAUCGAUCGGCGCAGGGACGGACAGCUCAUGGAAGCCAAGUCAACUUUUUGCCAUCCACGGUUUGCUAUUAGCAUCUGCCUUUGUUGUUUUAAUGCCGCUGGGUGUUGCAGGAAUUCGAACCGGACGCCCUAAUGCAUUCAAGAUACAUUGGGUCAUUCAGCUCUCUGCGGUAGCAUUUGCUGUCUCAGGCACGGCGUGGGGAAUCUAUUUGACCUGGGGCCAUCCUAUCACUAUUGCAACUUCGAAUGGUGCUCACAAGAUACUCGGCCUCACGCUGCUGGUUUCGGUUGUUCUUACGCCGAUGCUUGGUUAUUUACAUCAUGUGCGAUAUCUGAAACUUGGGCGCGCAACUGGCGUCACUGUAUGGCAUCGCCGAUUUGGUGCAUCGACUUUGGCGAGCGCUUGGGUAAACGUCCUAUUGGGUUUGUGGAUCGCUGGUCAGCCAGUGUGGUACUUUCUUGUUGCAAUUGGAGUGAUGGCUUGCUCUGCGUUGGCUAUUUAUUUCGCCCCAACCCGGGGCACACGAUUCACCAAAGCGAGUAGCACAAAGGAAGGAUAUAGUACCGUAGAAGGCGAGGAAGGUUCAGAGCAGGGACUUUUGCAGAAAGAGGACCGUACGUAG